AUGAAUCGAUCAAGGUUGGCACAACGUUACCCAGCUGGACUGGUGAACGCCAUUUUGAUUGCGUAUGCCUCGUCAAUUGGGCUAGGACAUCAUCUUCUCUAUUUGGUUGAGGGGAAUGCGGUUUUCGAAAAGGAGAAGUCCCUUGAGAAUAACCUGAUUCUUUGCGGAGACCUAUGCCCUGAGGGACAGCUAUCUACGGCUUGCAGAAGCGCUGAUGGCAAUCCUCCUGAACUACCACGACCAGGUCUUCUUGCUGAAGUACACCCUCUUGAUGAACCUGAGGAGAAAGAAAAGUUUCCUGGCACCCAUCCAUUAUCCUUGGAAGCCUUGGUCAAACGAGCUCAUGAAGGACUUGGCCAUCCAGGAAAAGAUCGUUUCAUCCGGAUCCUUACCAAUAGCAAGGCUAGUCCAAAGGUUCUGGAGAUUGCCAAGAACCUGAAGUGCUCCGUUUGCGAGAAGUUCAAAUUGCCGAGACCAUCAAGGGCAGCAGCGCCCCCAAAAGAUAUUGGACUGAAUGAGAUCGUCGGAGUGGACACUAUCCAGCUCCGAGCUUCUUUCUCUGAGAAGACCAAGUACUGCAUCAACAUCAUUGACUAUAGCAGCCAUUUCCAGCUCAUUGUCCCGCUCACAGCUCACACUGCAGAGGCCACCCGAGCGGGAUACCGACUGUGGCUGAAGAUUUUUGGUCCGCCACGAAAACUUCUUUGUGAUCUUGGCCGGGAAUUCCAAAAACAGUUUGAAACUCUAGCAGAAGCUGACGGUUCUGAAUUGAUUCCAUCUUCCUUGGAGACACCAGAACAGAGAGGUUUUGUUGAACGACAUGGCCAGCUCUUCAAGGAAGUCUUCUACAAGACCAUUGAACAAACCAAGUGUUCUACUUGGGAUGAGUGGUAUCAAACUAUUGAUUUGGCCUGCAGCACCAAGAACCGCCUGCUCAGUCGCGGAGGCUUCUCUCCAGCCCAACGAGUUUUUGUCUUUCAACAAAGGAUUCCUGGAGGACUCAUGUCUGAAGGCGAGAGUGAUUUGGCGGUCCAGAGCUUGGCUGCGACUGGAGAUGUGAAUGUCAGUCGCUCAAUGAUGAUCCGAAAGGCAGCAGCUCAGUCCUUUCAUGAGGUGGAUUGUCAACAGGCAAUUCGAGCAGCAGCAACUCAUGGUCCUCGUCCUCACUAUGCCUACGAAACUGGACAAGCCGUCUACUUUUGGAGACGGGCUACUGAUGCCGCCAGAAAGCCGGCAAGUUACUUCUGGCAUGGUCCUGCCCGAGUUGUAGCAACUCAACUCCCGACAACAGUGUGGCUUUCUUACAACCACCACCUUGUCAAGGCAGCACCUGAGAAACUGAGACCAGCGUCUGAGGAGGAGUUCUUUUCUAUAUCAGGUUGGUUGGAAGGUAUCUCCAAUGCCAAGAAGCAAUUUGAGGCGAGCAAGGUGAAGGGGCUGAUUGAUCUAUCUCAAGAAAACGAUGAACUACCUCCGGCAGAACUUCAUGACUUCUGGCGGCAGGAGGGAAAUUUUUGGAUCAGAGUGCAUGUUCAACCUCGACGUGAACUAUUUCAUCCAGAAGAACGUGGCCAAGACCCUCCAGUACCGCCUUCACAUCUUCGACCAUGGAGAAGAUCAGUCAUGAACAUCACCGAUGGUGAUCAGGAGAUUCUUGAGGAUGACUGGACUUCAGGGAAUGGCAUCCCAGCCCAUCGUCAAGAGUGGACUGGAGAGACAUGGCUUGAAGAGAAAAUUGAUGAGCCAAGUCGAUUGGAACAGAAACGAGAAGCUGAUCCACUCGUACCACGGAGCCGACUUAGCAAGAAGUCUCGAGUGGAGCCCGAACAGAUGAUUCCUUUCUCUCAGGCGCCUAUGGCAACACCGGAAACAGCGCUUGAGACUCCAGAGCCAAUCCCUGUGAUGCCUGGAGCACCUCCGGGACUACCUGCUCCAGAUCCUCCACUUCCUGAAGUUCCUCUUCCGGAUCCUCCUGAAGUUGAACCUCAACAGGAGACGAGACCUCUAGAUGACAACCAUCAGCACCCUGAGGAGAGGAAACGUGAAUUUGUGGAGGUUGACCAGCCAGAUGCUGACUGGUCGUCAUUGCCAGUCAGCAAACGCAGUCGGCUAGAGCUCUUGGAGAUCUACUACCAGGAAAUCUCCAACAAAUCUGCUCAACGACAGAAGAAAGGGAAGGAGGCGACUCUUCGAGAUUUUCAGGGAAAAGAUCGAGAACGGUUGCUUCGGGCCAUCCACAAGGAGUUCAACAACAAUCUAGCCACUGGAGCAUAUGAAGUGUUGACACCACAGGAGUCAGCUCGCAUCAGGGCUUCAUCCCCUGAAAAGAUCAUGAAAUCUCGAUAUGUGCUUACAAAGAAACCUAUCGAGGACUGUGGCCUCGAAGAUGCAAUCUCAGCUGACGAGAUCUUAGACUCCUCAGAAAAGGAUCAACCUUGCAAAGCGAAGUGCCGUCAUGUGAUGCAGGGAUAUUCUGAGUCAGCUCUUUUAGAUCUUGAAACCAGCACACCACAAGUUCAUCGAGAUUCUGUGAUUUUUGCAGCGCAGAUUAUGGCCAGCAAACAUUGGACUCCAGGUUUUGCCGACUUCACCCAGGCGUUCCAUUCUGGAGAUCCAAUUGACCGAGAACUUUACGCAGAACAACCUGCUGAAGGUCUUCCAGGUGCCAGUAAGGGACAACUCCUGAAGUUGAAAAAGACAUGCUAUGGCCUAACAGAUGGCCCAUAUGCCUGGUUCAAGCACAUUGUCACUUUUCUGUGUGAACAACUUGGGUACCGUCAAUCUGUGGUCGAUCAAUGCUUGUUCUUUCUGGAUUCCGAACCAGAUGCAGAGGGCAAAUCUUCCAUUGAAGGCAUCAUCGCACUCGCCACAGAUGAUCUUUUUCAUGGAGGCUCCCAACGACAUUUUCAACUCAUGGAGAUUAUCCGAUCCAAGUAUAAGUUGGGAAAGUACACCUGGGGUCAAGGGCGUUUCGUUGGCAAAGACAUCCGACAGUUGGAGGAUUUUUCCAUUUUGGUGGAUCAACAGUUUUACACUGAGGCUCGAGUGGCACCAAUUCCUCUUCAGCGAGAACGAAAGCGACGUCGUUUUUCAGUUUGUAAUCCUGAAGAAACUGAGCAACUCAGAGCAUUGGUAGGAACUUUGUCUUGGCUCUCCAAGGAGACACGAUGUGAUUUAGCUGGCAAGACGGCACUCCUUCAGCAAGCGUUUCCAAGGCCAAUGAUCCGUGACAUCAUCACAGCAAAUCAAAUUGCACAGGAAGCACUGGAUCAUAAACACUUGGGAAUUAGAGCGAUGUCAAUCCCUCUUGACCGUCUUCAUGCUGGAGUUGUCACAGAUGCUUCAUGGGGAAACUCCAAAGAGUUUGGCACAUAUUUGGAAGCCGGUACUACAAAGGAUAGGUGGGAAGAAACUUCUACAUCAUGGAUCCGACAUCAUGUAGAUCCUCGUAUCACGGCAUUCCAUCCAGCCGCUUGCCCGGAUGGACCAGAUCUUCAUGAUCUACGACCAGAACGAUCUACAGAAAUCCGAACUGGGUCCAGAUCUACGACCUUCCAAGAUGAUUGGACAACGAGCGAUAGUCUCCGAUCCAUGUCAUCGUCAACAUGGACCGGGACAACAACAUUCUACAAGCAAGACGAGGGCAAGUCUCUUGAUUCCAAGGCCAUCCAUGCAGGCUACGAUCAGCUGAACAAGCUCUUCAGCCAGGGUGGCGAGAUCGUGAUUUUCUAUGACCAGGACCUGCCGAAGUCCCAGACUCUACAGAAUGUCUCCCUUGCCUCGUGGAAGAGCUAUCGUUUGAAGAGAAGGACUGUGAACACACUCAGCUCCGAGACGCAGGCGCGACGUCCGGAUCCCCACGCCAUGACGCAGAACAAGCUGCUGGACGCGCGGAAACGCGAAUACCUGGAGUACAACAUGCGAAACUUUCCGCAUGUCUACAAGCAGAUGCCCAUGUUCUCGGAGCAGGAGGAGCAUUGGUGGAAGAUGCGCAAGACCUACGUAGCUGAACCGUGGAUCAGCAAAAAUAAGGAGAAACCACUGACCGGCAAGGUGACUGAGACUUUCUUUGCUGAGCCAGAAGAAGAACAGGAUUACACGGUCGCCGCGGGCGGCAACGCGGUGGACGUGGCACGCUUGGAGCACAUCCCGCGAUGGUCGCAGCACUUCCUGCCGAAAGGUUUGAUGGCCAAAGUGCCACGGCACUUCGAUCGACUCUUUGAAGGGGCCGAUGGAGUGGCGGAGGGAGUGAAGAACGCUCCAUCGCUCAGCACGGAUACGGCUCCGCUGGAUUCCUUCUCCAGCUUUCGUGUUAUCCGUGAUGCGAGCAGAUCGCUGAGCAAUUCGGUGCGAGAUGACCAGAGUGAACAGGUGGCAAAGGUUAAGAGCACUCGCACCAGUGCAGUUCCAACCAGGAGAGAGUCCCUGGAUUCUUCCAUUCCCCUUGUGCGUACGAGCCGUUCCAACUCCUUCCGUCGCGGCAUCAGCAAAGACACGCGGAGGAACAGUCGGCAUGAUUUGGUUCCCACGGUGUGCCUGAUGAGCGCCAUGUUGGAGGACUUGCCGAUGACUGCGCGUGUGCAGCGCUCCACUGCUGCGCAGCCUGCUGGAUUGGCGGAGGAGCCAGUCACUGCUCGUGCUAGCGAAGGUCGCAGUUUGGCCCGCGGCGGCGAACGCGGCGCUGGCGGCGCUUCGUCGCCGGAGCCGCCGCUGGCGAUGGCGGAGCCGCGGCGGAUGGAGCAGGAGCCCUUGUUGAAGGUCCGCACCGGCGGUUUCCAAUACUUCGACGGCCGCGGCGACCGCGGCACGGCGACCAUGGCGACCCGCGAAACGACGAGCGCGACGCCGGGUGCAACGGAGGAGAAAGCGAUGGCGUGACGAUGUCCUGCAUCACCCGUUUCGUUUCGUUUCACUACCGUAUUCCGAACGGCCGUGCCAGAAUGACCUCGCAGUUUCACCCUUUUUUUGCAAUUUUUUGCCAUUUUUUGCCGUGGUCAAAAGUUGGAUUCUU